AACUGCCAGCCGAGACCGCGGGCUUAAGGGCUGAGGCAGAAGGAGGGAAGGACUGGGAGACAGGUCAGAGGGAGAGAGGCUUGGGAAGCAGAAAAGAAAUUGCUCAUCACACUUACACAGAGGCAAAUGACGGUGGAGAUGAGGACAGAGACAACACAAUGAAAGCCAACAAACGCAAAUAGAGCGAGAGAGGCAAAAUGCCAAGAAGAACAUCCAUCAAGAGAAAUGAAGAGAAUGAAAGUUUUAUGCUGCAGAGCCGUUCUAUGCUUUUCCGGCACAAAAUUCUCUCGUUGUUUUUAAGCCCUUUUGCAUUUGCCAGCCGUUGACAUUGAGGCAUGUUCAGCGGUGCCAGCAGCAUCUCCUUUUCCUACUCUUCCUCUUCAUCUUCCUCCUCCUCCUCUUCCUCUUUUUCCUCCUCCUCCUUCUCCUCCCAUCAGCAAGAAGACAAACCGAGGACAGUCUUGAAAUACCGAGAUUUCCUCCUUGGGAUUUGCCAGCGCCGCGUUGCGCCAAGACUGUCGGAAUAAAGGACGCUGACUAUUGUACUAUUAUUUUAUUAAUUGGUCAGUGGGAAGAUUACAGAUGAGGAAAGGGGACGCCUGUCACCCUUCCUGCGCUAAGAUUGAAAAAUGAGGGUGAAUUGGGGAAGCCCUAAAAUGAAGCAAAAGGAAUAAGAUUUUUAAGGACAGAAAGCCACAGGAGCCCCACACAUAGCGCACUUUUGUUUGUUGUUUUAUUUUGGGGGUUUUUUUGAGAUUUUUUUUUUUUCAUAGUGGUGGGGGAGGUGUUGGGUGACUGACUGGCUGCGGGAAGCUGCUUCCUUUCCCUUUGGAGAUGAUUGUGCUAUUAUUCUUUGCCUUGCUCUGGAUGGUAGAAGGAGUCUUUUCCCAGCUCCACUACACGGUGCAGGAGGAGCAGGAACAUGGCACUUUCGUGGGGAAUAUCGCUGAAGAUCUGGGCUUGGACAUUACAAAACUUUCGGCUCGCAGGUUUCAAACGGUGCCCAACUCUAGGACCCCUUAUUUGGACCUCAAUCUGGAGACCGGGGUGCUGUACGUGAACGAGAAGAUAGACCGCGAGCAAAUCUGCAAGCAGAGUCCCUCUUGCGUCCUGCACCUGGAGGUCUUUCUGGAGAACCCCCUGGAGCUGUUUCGGGUGGAGAUCGAAGUGUUGGACAUCAAUGACAACCCUCCCUCCUUCCCGGAGCCGGACCUGACGGUGGAGAUCUCUGAGAGCGCCACGCCAGGCACCCGCUUCCCGUUGGAGAGCGCAUUCGACCCAGACGUAGGCACCAACUCCUUGCGCGACUACGAGAUCACCCCCAACAGCUACUUCUCCCUGGACGUGCAGACCCAGGGGGAUGGCAACCGAUUCGCGGAGCUGGUGCUAGAGAAGCCUUUGGACCGAGAGCAGCAAGCGGUGCACCGCUACGUGCUGACCGCGGUGGACGGGGGAGGAGGGGUAGGAGGAGGAGACGGAGGGGGAGGCGGCGGGGGAGGCGGCCUGCCCCCCCAGCAGCAGCGCACCGGCACUGCCCUACUCACAAUCCGAGUUCUGGACUCCAAUGACAAUGUGCCCGCCUUUGACCAACCCGUCUACACUGUGUCUCUACCAGAGAACUCUCCGCCCGGCACGCUUGUGAUCCAGCUCAACGCCACAGACCCAGAUGAGGGCCAGAAUGGCGAGGUCGUGUACUCCUUCAGCAGCCACAUUUCGCCCCGGGCACGGGAGCUCUUCGGACUCUCCCCGCGCACCGGCCGGCUGGAAGUGAGCGGCGAGCUGGACUAUGAAGAGAGCCCAGUGUAUCAAGUGUACGUACAAGCCAAAGACCUGGGCCCCAACGCCGUGCCCGCGCACUGCAAAGUGCUAGUGCGAGUGCUGGAUGCUAACGACAAUGCGCCGGAGAUCAGCUUCAGCACUGUAAAGGAGGCGGUGAGCGAGAGCGCGGCGCCCGGCACAGUGGUGGCCCUGUUCAGCGUGACCGACCGCGACUCAGAGGAGAAUGGACAGGUGCAGUGCGAGCUGCUGGGGGAUGUGCCGUUCCGCCUCAAGUCUUCCUUCAAGAACUAUUACACCAUUGUGACCGAGGCCCCCCUGGACAGAGAGGCGGGGGACUCCUACACCCUGACCGUGGUGGCUCGCGACCGGGGCGAGCCGGCGCUCUCCACCAGUAAGUCCAUCCAAGUGCAAGUAUCAGAUGUGAACGACAACGCACCGCGGUUCAGCCAGCCGGUCUACGACGUGUAUGUGACCGAGAACAACGUGCCUGGCGCCUACAUCUACGCGGUGAGCGCCACAGACCGCGAUGAGGGCGCCAACGCCCAGCUAGCUUACUCUAUCCUCGAGUGCCAGAUCCAGGGCAUGAGCGUCUUCACUUACGUGUCCAUCAACUCCGAGAACGGCUACCUGUACGCCCUGCGUUCCUUCGACUACGAACAGCUCAAGGACUUCAGCUUUCAGGUGGAAGCCCGGGACUCCGGCAGCCCCCAGGCGCUGGCUGGCAACGCCACUGUCAACAUCCUCAUCGUGGAUCAGAACGACAAUGCCCCUGCGAUCGUGGCGCCCCUGCCAGGGCGCAACGGGACUCCGGCGCGUGAGGUGCUUCCGCGCUCGGCAGAGCCGGGUUACCUGCUGACGCGCGUGGCCGCAGUGGACGCGGACGACGGCGAGAACGCCCGGCUUACCUACAGCAUUGUGCGGGGCAAUGAAAUGAACCUCUUUCGCAUGGACUGGCGCACCGGGGAGCUCCGCACAGCGCGCCGGGUGCCGGCCAAGCGCGACCCCCAGCGGCCUUACGAGCUGGUGAUCGAGGUGCGCGACCACGGGCAGCCGCCUCUGUCGUCCACGGCCUCUCUGGUGGUGCAGCUGGUGGAUGGCGCUGUCGAGCCCCAGGGAGGGGGCGGGGGCGGUGGGGUGGGGUCCGGGGAGCACCAGCGCCCCAGCCGCUCCGGUGGCGGGGAGACCUCUUUGGACCUCACCCUCAUCCUCAUCAUCGCACUGGGCUCGGUGUCCUUCAUCUUCCUGCUGGCCAUGAUAGUACUAGCUGUGCGCUGCCAAAAAGAGAAGAAGUUCAACAUCUACACGUGCCUGGCCAGCGAUUGCUGCCUCUGCUGCUGCUGUGGCGCGGGGGGCUCGACCUGCUGUGGACGCCAAGCGCGGGCGCGCAAGAAAAAACUCAGCAAGUCCGACAUUAUGCUGGUGCAGAGCUCUAACGUCCCCAGUAACCCGGCCCAAGUACCCGUGGAGGAGUCCGGGGCCUUCGGCUCCCACCACCACAACCAGAAUUAUUGCUACCAGGUCUGUCUGACCCCUGAGUCCGCCAAGACAGAUCUGAUGUUCCUUAAGCCCUGCAGCCCUUCGCGGAGUACGGACACUGAGCACAAUCCCUGCGGGGCCAUCGUCACAGGCUACACAGACCCGCAGCCCGACAUCAUCUCCAACGGAAGCAUUUUGUCCAACGAGACUAAACACCAGCGAGCAGAGCUCAGCUAUCUAGUUGACAGACCUCGCCGAGUUAACAGUUCUGCAUUCCAGGAAGCCGACAUAGUAAGCUCUAAGGACAGUGGCCAUGGAGACAGUGAACAGGGCGAUAGUGAUCACGACGCCACCAACCGCGGCCAGUCAGCUGGUAUGGAUCUCUUCUCCAAUUGCACAGAGGAAUGUAAAGCACUGGGCCAUUCAGAUCGGUGCUGGAUGCCUUCUUUUGUCCCUUCCGAUGGACGCCAGGCUGCUGAUUAUCGCAGCAAUCUGCAUGUUCCUGGCAUGGACUCUGUUCCAGACACUGAGGUGUUUGAAACUCCAGAAGCCCAGCCUGGGGCAGAGCGGUCCUUCUCCACCUUUGGCAAAGAGAAGGCCCUUCACAGCACUCUGGAGAGGAAGGAGCUGGAUGGACUACUGUCUAAUACACGAGCGCCUUACAAACCACCAUAUUUGACACGGAAAAGGAUAUGCUAGUCAAUUCUACAGGACUUAACCUGAAGCAGCAUGAUUUGCACAAAGUCGACCAACAAAAGCAUCAACUUUUCAACUUCAUUAUCUUGGCCAUCCAGUUAGUCGUGUGUACCUGAGUAUUAGACCGCCGGAGUCACCAUGGCCAGUUAUGGGACCUAAUUGCUCUCAGCAGGCCUGAGAAAUGAGUUGAAAGUGCAGAACUGUAGAAACUUUAGAGGCAACUGAUUUUGCCUCUCCGAUCAGUGUGUGCCUGUUUACAGCACUAUAUAUCUUUCUCUCUCCAAAUGUCACUGAGCCCUUUAGAUGUUUAUAUUCACCACGAGAAGCCAGUCAUAAAGAUAAAGGAAAUUUGUGCAUUAUAAAUGCAAUAUCACUGUUUUAAAAUUGACUGUUUUAUAUUAUUUUUGUGUGAUCAAGUGUUCCCCAAACUAUUCUAACUUUACAACAGAGAUUGUGAUUCUGUUCUUUUCACCUGUGGGUUAUAAAAAAUGUUGUAUUCUGAAGACCCACAAAAUAUCAAAGACAUUCUGUAGUUUAUACACCGUGUGGCAAAGUGUUUACUGUACUAUUUCAAAGCUUCUAAAUAAAUAUAAAAUAUAUAUAUAUUAUAUUAUAUAAUUUUCCUAAAAUAUGGUACAACUCAGUUGGUUUUUAAAUGGAUUCAUAUGGUCCACAUCAUACAAUAAAAUAAAAGGCAAUUCAGGGUCCCAAAGUUAAACUUACUAAGAAAAAGUAAUCAUUAAUAGUUUCCUCCCAAUUUUCAUAUUUUAUUCAAUCCUGUUUUUCCUUGUUUAAAAGAAAAUGAAGCUCUAAGCUACAAAAUUUUGUCAAGAACUUCUACUAAAUUUUCAAUGCCAAAGAUAUAGCUGUCGAUGUUAUCAGAGGAGCACCAGACAUGUACUAUCAAAAUAUCUAAUAAUCUAAUUAUUUCGAUUCUAUUUCUAUGGCUUUGAAUUUAGAAUCACUUAAAACUUUUAUAAAGAAUCUAUAAAUUCACCUGUAUUUGUUGUUAGAAACAAAUGAACAAACUCUGGGUGUCUGUACAUUUUGUGGUGUAAAAUAUGUAAUUGAAAUUACUAUUUUAAGAAGUCCUCGAUCAUAUAACUCACACAGAAUUUUAUUUUACAUAGUUUUAUGUAGUUUUGUGACUCAGUAACACAUGAAUAUAAAAUCUAUUUAUAACUCUAUAUGAAUAUAUAGAGAUAUAUAAAUAUAUGAUCUGGUAAAGAAUAACUAAAAGACAUAAAAGAUCUCUAAAUUUAAAAUAAAUUUAAAAAAUUUGGAGAUAGAAACAUGGUACAUUAUUGCUUUAGUAUUAUCUUACAUGUGAAAAUUUUAUGGCUUAAAUGUAGUCAGUGUUUUAUUAAUGAGAAAAUAAUCCAUGAGUGAGCUUUGAAAAGUUAAGGCUAUAUUUUAUGUCAGCAAGGUUAAUGAUUAAAUUCAGUAAGAUGUAUUUUCCUUUCUUUUACAUAAAUUUUUUUUCUACUGUUGUUUAGUGCUUGUUGAAACACAACUAAGAGAAGGAAAAAAUCAGAGAAUGUGAGAUAAUCUGAGUAAAAAACAAUAGCCACAGCUCUCCUUUGAAAAGGCUUUCACAUUACAUUUAAAUGUUUACCCAAUUCAAAUUACAGAUCUGUUUUGAAAUAUCUCCCUUAAUAUUUAACUAAUCUUACAUCCAGUGAUAGUUUGAGUCUUUCUAUGUUAUAAAACAGCACACUAAAACAUAACACAUAAAUGUUUUUCACCUAAAUUUUUUGUCAUUUAAAUGGGUAUAUUUUCCUUAGAUUUAACAUUAAAAUACAUACAUAUAUUCAUGAGUCCUUGAUGUGUAUAUUUUGAGUGAUAUCUUGGUAUUACUCAUUUACUUACCAAUUAUCGUAUUUAUAUGUCAUGUAAUAUGUGUAAUGUUCCAAUCUUUUGGGGCUCCUUUAAAAAUAUGUGAAGCUAAUCCAUCAUGUUUGACACAAAAAGCACAUACAUUCAUUAAAUACAACAGUAACAUUUUCUCAAACUUUUGGCAUUACUACAUUCAUAUUUGAAACGAUAAAUUAUUUUUAGUAAGGCGAUGUUUUUAUGUAAUUUAAAUGGAAAAUGUCUAUUUAUUUUAAUUGCUUUUUGAACAAGAAAAUCAUUUUCUUGUUGAAUCACUGUUUUAAUUAAAACCCUUCAUUUAUCAUUUUACAAUUAUGGGUGAAAAUACACAUCCAUCUGCCUCAUUACAUGCAUUGAAAAUAAGGCCAUACUCACUUCAUAUAUAAUAGCUAUAUUAAUUCAUUUGACUUAAAUAAAUUUUCUUUAUUUAGCCCUUAAUAUCAUUGUAUAUAUCUCCCUUGAACAAACUUCUGAUAUGAUAUAUGUAUUAGUUUUUUUAUAUAUCAUGGUAGCCAGUUAUACUGAUUUGCAUUUUAAUCUUAAAUUUUAUUAUCAAUCUACAAAAAGGAAAGAAAGACAAAACUUUUAUCUAAUUUGUGGGACAGAUACAAUUAUUUAAACAUAAAGUAUUAACUGGUUUGGUUAUUAAUAUAUUCUCUGUUGCAUCCAGAAGAAGUCAGAAGUUACAACAGUGUGAAUGUAUGAUUUUAGUAAGUUGGCUAAAAGGGAGACUGAAAAAUGGAAAAUUGCAACCAACUAAACCUAAAAAGGUUUACAAACAUUUAUUAGAUUAGUAUGCAAAAGAAUUAUAGAAUAGCUUUUCUAUUUAAUGUAGUCAUCCUAAUAUCCAAGCUUUCAUAAUUUUAUACAUUUCAAAGAGAAGUAAUAUUUAAAUUAUUACUAUUUCAUCAGGAAAUUAUUUCCGAAAA